AUGGAAGAGGACCUGCAGCUCAAUGGCACCGAGCGCAUCUGCGUUGGCGGGGAGAUCACAUUAAUCCCCUCGCCCACCAACUCUCCAAAUGACCCACUCAAUUGGAGCAUCUGGAGACGGUACUGGCAUUCAUUUCUGGUCCUUGUGUUUGUUGCCCUGACCGCGGCAACCGCCAACGAUGCCGGCAACGCUGGGAACGGGAUGAACGCCGAUCUAGGUAUCACGUGGGACCAGAUCAACAUCGCCGCAGGCGUCUUGUUUGUUGGCAUUGGAUACACAACGUUGCUCCUCGGCCCAGCACCUUUCCUGUAUGGAAGACGUAUCUCCUAUCUGAUUUGUCUGGUGUUUUCCAUCAUUGGCUCCAUCGGGCUAGCCUGCACACAAAAUGUCGGGGACAACAUCUGGAGCCAACUUUUCGUGGGCGCCUCCGAAUCCUGCGCGGAGGCCCUUGCCCAGCUGUCUCUUUCAGAUCUGUUCUUCCAGCAUCAAAGAGGCCUGGUCCUGGGAUUGUACGUUCUUGCCACGAGUAUCGGUACAUUCACGGGACCCAUUGUGUCCAGCUUCAUCACCGACUCUUACCUGGGGUGGAGAUGGGUGGGUUGGUUUGCUGCCAUCAUAUCCGGGGGCUUGAUCGUUAUCUUUUACUUCACAUUGGAGGAAACAUUCUUUGAUCGGAACAACCCUAUUCGCGGGCAUGAUGCGCCUUCUGUCAACGCUGAGUCCACGUCGAAUGACCUCCCCCUGGAGAAAAAGGAUAAACCAACUGCCAGCGUACAACGGGCGCCCUCCGACGGCGAACUUGACGAAGAAUGCGGCCAGGAGAAAGGAAAGACGUAUUUCCAGCGCAUUGCCCUGAUCACGCCAUCGCCAACCCUGGUCGGGACCGGCUUCAAGCAGUAUUGCCGUCGCCUGUUGCACACACUGCGCGUCUUCACCUUCCCGGCAGUCCUCUAUUCGGGUCUUCAAUGGGGUGCCCAAGAUGCCUGGCUGACCUUCUACCUCACCGUGGAAGCGGACAAUUGGUACGAGGCACCCUGGAACUACAGCGACGCUGCAGUGGGCAUCAUGAACGUGCCGACCCUGAUCGGGUCAGUUCUCGGCUGCAUUUACGGUGGAUGGUUCUCCGACUUCUUCGUCAUGUGGAUGGCCAAGCGAAACAAGGGCGUCUUUGAGGCUGAGCAGCGUCUCUGGCUCCUGUUGCCUGUUGCGUUUAUCGGUCCUGCUGGCCUCAUGCUAUUCGGCAUCGGUUCGGAUAAAGGCUGGGACUGGCAUCUGCCGUAUCUGGGACUAGGAUUCAUUGGUUUCGGAUGGGGUUGUGCAGGCGACCUGAGCAUGGCGUAUCUCAUGGAUGCGUACCCAGAUAUGGUGUUGGAGGGCAUGGUCGGUGUCUCUGUCAUUAACAACACUAUUGGUUGUAUUUUCACAUUCACUGCCCAGAAUUGGUUGGAUGCGCAGAGUCUUGCGCAGGUUUUCAUUGCGAUUGGCGUCUUGAGCUUCUGCUUUAUUAUGACGACUGUCCCGAUGAUCUACUGGGGCAAGAAGUGCCGGAAGAUUACUCGGAAGCAGUACGAGGCUUUCCUGCUGGUUCGUGAUGGACCUUCUUAG